AUGAACCGCAUGGUGCUGAUGCUGAUGGACGUCCGCGGCGACCGCCUCUCCCCGGAGACAAUCCAGGAUCUGAAGCGCAUCUACGCCCUUCUCGUCAACAUUCACUCGGCGUACAGUGCCGCCGGGAAGCAGUGUGGCCCGGCUGCUGCUGCUGCCCCAGCGGCCCCAGCUGCCGGCGAUGGCGCCAAAGCUGCGGAAGGCGCCUCAAAAGGUGCUGGUGCCAAAGCAGGCGACGCAGGCACAUCAAAAGCCGGUGAGGCGGGCAAAGAUGGCAAAGACGCCGGUAAAGAUGGAAAAGAUGCUGCUGGAAAAGAUGCCGCGGGUAAAGAUGCAGGAGCCUCAAAGGGAGCUGGCGCUGGUGCUGAUGCGGCCAAGGCGGCUGAUCCGCUGGCAGCCUUUGGAGCCGCUGGUGCUUCAAAGGCGCCCGGAGAGGGCGCCUCAAAAGGAGCUGGAGCAGGAUCCAAAGACGGUAAAGCUGCGGAUGGUGGUGGAAAAGAUGGAGCAAAAGGUGCCUCAAAAGAUGGCAAAGCAGAUGGUGGCAAAGAUGGCGCCAAGGGGGCAUCAAAGGAUGGUAAAGCAGAUGGUAGCAAAGACGCCGGCGGAAAAGGUGCCGGUUCGAAGGACGGCAAAGCCGAUGGGUCAAAGGACGCAGCUGGCAAAGGAGGUGCUUCGAAAGACGGCAAAGGCGGCUCAAAGGACGCUGCUGGGGCCGGCUCUAAAGACCCUACAAAAGGAGGCUCAAAGGACGCCUCAAAAGACCCGGCGAAAGGAGGCGGCUCUAAAGACCCUGCUGGGGCCGGUUCUAAAGACCCUGCAAAAGGAGGCUCUAAAGAUCCUGCUGGAGCCGGCUCAAAAGAUCCGGCAAAAGGAGGCGGUUCUAAAGAUCCGGCCGCUAAAGGCUCUGCUAAAGAUGGCUCUAAGGAUCCUGCAAAGGGUGGCUCAAAAGACGCCAAAGGCGGUGGAUCAAAGGACGCCGGUGGAAAGGGAGCCGGAUCGAAGGACGGCAAAGCUGAUGGUUCAAAGGAUCCAGCUGGCAAAGGCGGCUCUAAAGACGCUAAGAGCGGUUCAAAGGACGCCAAGGGAGGCGCCUCAAAAGAUGCAAAGGGGGCGAGUGCCAAGGGCGGCGGCGCCUCAAAGGAUCCGAAGGGCUCAAAGGCGGCAGGGUCAAAGGCGGGCAAGGAUGCGCCUAAAGGCUGA